AUGAAAUUCACGGGAAGCGACAUAUUGGAGGCGCGACGAGAUUGCUACUUAAUGCGGUUUCCCCGGCAGAUGGGAAAUGCGUGGGGCGUGAGAUUCCGCGCCUCUGCCUCCGCGGCCGAGGCGGGCGGGUGUCGGGGCGUAAUUACCGGAGGCGCCGGUGCUAGAUUGCCCACCAAUCGAGUUACGCGCGACGGGAAAAGCCCCCCCAGGCGGACGCGCACGCCCAGCGGUGGGGCUCGCGAGGAUAAAUCGAAACGAAAAUGGAAAUAUCAAGCCCGUUCCGCGCGCGGGAUAUUGAUGUCGGCCGUGAAAAUUGUCGCCUCCCUGGUGGGGAGCUUUGCGACCGACCGAGCGCCG